AUGUUUAACAGAAGAAAUCUAUUGUUGGCAAGAAAGCUCGGGACUCAAAGACACUUCUCCACCAUUCCGGAGGGUUCUAAGUUCCCACAAAUUGACUUGUUCAAUGACGUUUACGUUCGACCCGGCAAUGAGACCGCUAAGGAGCUUCAUGAUGUUAUGGUGGAAAAGUCCACUGCUGUUCUCCAAGAAGCAACAUCCCAGCUUCCCCCGGAGACCCCGAUCGAGGAAGUCAAUGUACCCGAUGAUGCAGAUAUUCAGAUCGUGACUGAGGUCUUGGAUCAGAAGUUGGGUCGUCGUUAUGGCAAGGUUGUUCGAUGUAUGGGGAAGGCGGGGGUUCCUGAGACGGGUGCCUCCUCUUCCACAUCGUCCAUAGGAGAGGUCAAUGCCUUGAAGGAGGAAGUGACAACCCUAAAAGGUCAGCUUGUGGCCCAGGGCGAGCACAUUAGGACCCAGGACGAGAGGAUGAGUAUGAUUGUACAAGCUUUAGCGAUGUCCGGCCUCCAGAUCCCGAUGCCAACACGUGAUGUUGCUCCACCUUCAACUUCCCAGCCACUUCAUCCAGCUGAUACCCAGUAGCAUGAUGUAUCCUAGAAGACUAGUAGUUUUUUUUUUGUUUUUGGACAUCUUGUGUGUACAUUUUUAUAUAUUUUAUAAUUAAAUAUUUU